GACGCUCUUCUGAUCUGUGUUGGGUAAAGAAAGAGAGACGAGAUGAACGGCGGUAGGGAGGAAGAAGAGAAGGGGUUAUUGUGGAAGCUACCGGCAGUUAAAUCGAAAGAAUUGGGAAAGAUUGGACCUGCUUUUGGUAUUGGCGCCGGAUGCGGUUUAGGUUUCGGCGUGGGACUCAUUGGAGGUGCCGGGUUUGGAGCGGGAAUUCCGGGUUUGCAGUUGGGAUUUGGAUUUGGAGGUGGAUGUGGUGUUGGUUUGGGUUUUGGAUACGGUCUGGGAAAAGGGAUCGCCUAUGAUGGCAAUCGCAGGCACUCAAAUGUUGGCAGAUUUCGCAGCAAUGGGAAUCUGAAUCUGAAUCUUCCUGUGCAGGAUGAAAUUGGUGCACUUGUUGAUGAGCUAGUUGUGAAUACAAAAAAGCUAAUUGAAGCAACUUCCAGAGAGGUGGACAAGUGGAGAAGAUAGAUAGAUAGAGAGAGGUUCAUAUAUAUUUGUAAUAUAUUGUAUAAUUGAGGUUUUCAUUUGCUUGGUCUGUAUGCAUGUAUGUAUGUAUAUGUAUUUGCUGGAACACACAGUAUAUGCAUUGGGUUUGACUUGUGUUUGAUGGAUUCCCUUCUA